AUGACAAGCAGUAUGACUUCUUCUUCCUCUGAUAUUGAGAAGGUUAGAAAUAUUUCAACCGAAGUCUCCAAGACUGAUUCAGAUGCUAUUGGUAAAAACAUUCAAGAUGUUUAUGCAGAUGAUGAUUUCAUUACUUUAGGUCCACAUACUUAUAGACGUACUGAUCUUUUAAACGUAUUGAAACCAAAUGAUGGUACUAAUCCAUAUGUUAAUGCUUACCCACCUCCACCUUCUAAUAGAAGAGUAUUAGGUAACCCAGUUCCAUUAGGGUUAGCUUCUUUCUCUUUAUCAUGUUUAACUUUAUCUUUAUGUAAUGCUAAUGUUCGUGGUGUCACAAAUGUUAAAGUAUUAAUCAGUUUAUUCAUGUUCUUUGGUGGUGCUAUUGAAUUGUUUGCAGGUUUAUUAUGUUUUGUCACUGGUGAUACUUAUGCAAUGACCGUUUUCAGUUCUUUCGGUGGGUUUUGGAUCUCUUGGGGUUGUAUCAAUACUGAUCAAUUCCAUAGUAUUACAGGCUAUGGUGAUGAUACUACAAUGUUUGAUAAUUGUGUCGGAUUUUUCCUUGCAGGUUGGACAGUAUUCACCUUUUUGAUGCUAAUGUGUACUUUAAAGAGUUCAUGGGGUUUAUUCUUAUUGUUAUUAUUUUUAGAUUUAACUUUCUUAUUGUUAUGCAUUGGUAGUUUCAUUGAUGAUAAUAAUGUUAAAAUGGCUGGUGGGUAUUUCGGUAUUUUGUCAAGUUGUUGUGGUUGGUAUUCAUUAUAUUGUAUGGUGGUUACUCCAGAAAAUUCAUAUAUCAAUUUGAAUGCAACUAUGAUGCCUCAUGCUCCAACUGUAUAA